AUGACGUCUCCUCCCUCCCUAGACCCUUCCCCUCCCCCAAUCCCCGUUGACACCCAUCCAAACCGCGCCCCCGGGUCCAAGUCUCCUGAGCUUGAACGGUCCCUCCCCGAUCCCAAUCGACUGGCGCCGGAGGAUGCAUAUUUUGCACCCUCACUCUCACGAGUCCGGUCGGCACCAACCAAUUAUGAAGAAAGUUUGCGGGCCUUGAAUGGCGAGAGCGGUGCCCAUCUUGGGUCCGCCGCCGCAUUGCGGAAGAGAGUCGGCGGUGCUGGCAGACGGCGCAGGCGAAAAGGUGCCUGGAAGAAGUUGCUCUGGGUUAAACAAUCCUAUCCGGAUAAUUACACCGAUACGGAGACAUUUCUGGACCAUCUCCAGCGCAAUCCUCGAGUGCGGCCGUAUGAUUUCUGGCCUCUCGUGGCUGAUUCGACUGUGAUUGUGCAACAUGUGUGCUCGGUGGUGAUCUUUGUUUGCUGCUUUGUCGGUAUCGUUCAAGAUCGGGUGAGCCCCGUCUCGAUUGUGUGCUGGGGAAGUGUUGGCACGGCCGUGGGCUGGAUUCUAUGGGACAAUUGGAUCUGGAAGGAGCAUGAGGAAUCCGUGAGAAGCCCAGAUGGAAUCACUGGAGCCGACGACGACUCUAGUUCGGCUUCCAUUGCUAGCGCCGUCAAUGCACCUUCAAGCGACACACAAUUUGAGGGCCCGAAGACCAACGCUAUUCACGGUCUUGGAUUGACUAUGUCUGCAAAUGAAUCAAAAGAGCGAUUUGCUCGUCGCAGUGCAGAUUUCAGCGAGAGCAUCGAUGCAGUCGCUCAUCUGACAGCGCACAGUGCUAUGCCGUCUCCUCCAGACGGCUCUAUUGGCAGUAUGGACGGAGUAGUAUCGCAAGAUACACACCGGGUUUCGAUGCUAUCACCCCGCAACCGCCAGCGACUGACUACAGUCAAGUCAGCAUUCCUUAUCUACUUCGCCCUCCUCGGCCUGAGCCCUAUCUUAAAGUCUCUCACCAAAUCUACCGCCAGUGACUCUAUCUGGGCCAUGAGCUGCUGGCUUUUAAUCAUGAAUAUAUUUUCCUUCGACUAUGGAAGUGGGGAAGGCGCUGGCGCCACCACCAAGUUUCCUGCUUCUUUGUCCACAAACGCAGCUGUGAUGGCCUCGACUGUGCUUGCGUCUCGAUUGCCGUCUACGACCCACGUGUUUAGUCUCAUGCUAUUCUCGAUGGAAGUAUUUGGGCUGUUCCCGAUCUUCCGGCGCCAACUACGGCAGAAGUCAUGGACUGGUCACGUUCUCCUGACACUGGCCCUUGUGAUUGUUGCCGGGGGCGCUGUUGGUGUCACCUUGAGCGGUGGAUGGGCAGCAGCCAUCAUCGGAUCAGCUCUGGGAAGCAUCCUGACCGCGUUUGGCAUGGGCGGCUGCAGUUGGUGGCUUAUCAGCCUGCAGAAAUAUAAGAACGUUGUGAUCGGUCCUUGGGAUCCUGCACGGCCUAUUAUUCGGAGGCAUUGGAACUAA